CGACACCAGCGACGCGUUGUGCGGGUUCUGCGGGCGGUCGCCAUGCGCGUGGGACGCGCACGAAGCUGUGAUGAAGGAGCGAGCAGCCCGUAUGCAUCCCCGACUCACUCGUGGAGACCUGCAGCGGUCUAUUCGCACGGCCCUCGGUCGUGUCUUUAUGUAUCUUGAAACAGGGAGGAUGCACGGCCAAUUGCCUGCUUGUGUGAGCAAAAAGCUUUUGCAGCUUUGGCCAGACAGCUCUGAAAGCUCAGACAAGGAUCACCCGUCGGCGCGCGCGCAAUAGCUUCUAAAGCGUCCUGCAGCUGUGGUGCAUUGGUGUGGUCGAAAGACACCCUCGUAAUGAAAGGCGCUGAAACAUUCG